UUUUGAGGUUUUAGAGACUUCUGAGUAGAUUUUAGAGGGGUUUUGAGUGAAUUUCAGGGAGUUUUGAAGGUACUGUGGGGAAUUUGUGGUGAGUUUUGGGGUAAUUUUGGUAUAGAUCAAUGCUGAAUAAGGUAUCGAAAGCACUGAAAAAGCCUAAACUCCCUAAGAGAGCAGAACCUAAGAACUGGCAGAAAUUAUGGGAAGGAAUUGAGAAAAUGAGAGAGAAAAAGGACGCACCAGUUGAUUCAAUGGGGUGCGAUGAAUGUGGAGAUAAAAAUGCUGAUAAAAAUACAUAUGCAUUCCAAACGCUGGUAGCUCUGAUGCUUAGCAGUCAGACCAAGGACAAACAGACCUUCGAGGCAACACAACGGCUGAAAAAUCAUGGCCUUACAGUUGAUGAGAUGAUAAAAAUUGAGGAGGAAGAGCUGGCAGACCUCCUCUACGGCGUUGGCUUCUACAAACGAAAAGCUGGAUACAUCAAGAGAACUUCUCAGCUGAUUAAAGACAAACAUGAAGGAAUAGUGCCUUCCAAAUUAGACGAUAUCUUGAAAUUCCCUGGCGUUGGAAUAAAAAUGGCCCUACUACUGCAACAAGGAGCUUUCGGGGUUGUUGACGGCAUCUCUGUUGACACUCAUGUUCAUAGAAUCUGAAAUUUAUUAGAAUGGGUAGAUUCCACAAACCCCGAAGCUACUAGAGUUCAGCUCCAGGAUUGGUUGCCUAAGAGCAAGUGGACCAAGAUCAAUCACAUGCUUGUUGGAUUUGGACAGACAAUCUGUAAGCCAAUCGCUCCUCUCUGAGACGAAUGUGGGGUGAGUGAUCUAUGCCCAAUGGCUCAUUGGUAUUCUCCUCCCAAAAAGAAAAAGAUUGGAUAUGAGGACGACAGUGGCAGCAGUGAAUUCGUUCUUAAAGAAGAGGAGAAAGGCCCGAGCAAAAAGGUUGAAGAGAAGAAAGAGCCAAAACAUCGUAAAAACACCAGGGCCUCCAAAGGCACCCAAAGCAAGGAUGAUAAAUUUUUCAACAAUUAUCUGAAGAAACUUAGGAAGAAGAAGAUCACUGAAGCUGAGCCUCCGACUCUUGAUGAGCUUGAAGAAAGUAAUAUUUAUAUUAGAAAGAAGAGAACUAGGUAGAUCAAUUUAGAUAUUUAUAAAAUUAAGAAAUAAAGUUU